AUGGCACCAAAGAUUGAGGAGAUUCCUUCAAUAAAAGAGGACGCUCAGCCAAAAAAGAAUCCAUUUGCUCCAAAGACAAAGAAGACCACUAUUCGAAGAGAAGCAAAGGAUGUAUAUGGACCAAGCGAACCACGCAAAGGUUUACAUACACCGCAAUAUCAAAGCAAAUCGCCAAUUGAUGUUGUGUUCGCCGAAAUUGAAGAAAAUUUGAGGGGAUCCGUAGAAGAUUUAACGAUACAUAUUCUUUACGAAAGAAUCAUUGGAGAUGAAAUAACAGAAAGUGGAAAUAAAGAGUUUUUUAAAAGAUACAAGGUUAUCGAGAAAAUGCUCAAUUAUUUGAUCCAGAUACAACAGUUGUCAGAGGCGAAUAGUCGAAUUGUGGACGAUAAAAACUUGAUAAAAAUCUCGUUGCACGAUAUAAAGACGUUCAGUAAGUUGGUCAAUUUGAUACUUGAGCAUGGUAUUUAUCCGGCAUUGAAUACUUUCAGAAUAGGGGUUCCAUUUGAGAAACGAUUAUUAAACGAUUUUUCGAAGAAUAAGAAGCCUCGAAUAAUCCAUAAACUCCCAGUUAAUCCAGAUCAGACAAGUCCAUCCAAAAAAUAUGAAUAUAAUGAAAUUCUUUUGACUCUUGUAUAUAGUAAAUUUAUGGAGGUAUUUUCAGUGGAUUCAGAUGUCAAGGACUUAUUAAUUAAAGGGACAGGGUUCUCGGAUUUUCUCACGGUCGCCAUAUCGCUAAUAACUGUUCCCUACUUUAACGAAGACAAAAAAAAGGCGUACUUAAGUGAAUAUGAUACAACUAUAUCUGACAUGCCUGAAACUUACGAAUUAUUUCAAACCUAUACGUUACUUUUAACUACUCCUUCUCCUUCGUUCUUUAAACAGUUUGUAAUGUCUAGAUUACAAACUCUACAUUAUGAUGCUCCGAGAAAAGAUGGUUUAUUGACUCUAGUGGAAUUCGUUCUUGGUUUGAGAGAAAACAAUGAGGUAAAUGUAGAAAAAUUUGAUCAUGUUGCUAACGUGGUGUUGACAAAACCUAAAUCGAUUAGUACUGUUGAAUAUUUUACUCAUAUAGGUUCACAAUGUUAUGACUUAUUGGUUUUGAUAAACAGACCAGUAGUGACUAGCUGUGUUGGAUAUGUAUUGGAGAAGCUAUGGGAUAAGAACAAAUUGGUUGUUCGUGAUUUUAUAUUGAAGAAAAUAUGGCAAAAUUUUAGUCCUGAUAGUAAUCUGGAUUCAGAAGUAUUAGUUAGUGAAGCACAGUUGAAUAAUAACGUAAAUGUUUUGAUUUCAUUAACAAAAAAGGGCUUAUCUUCAGACUUAUUAUCAGCAUUAUUCAACCCUAUAUUACUCCCUAUUUGGUCAUACUAUGUGUUUCUUAGAAAGCAAUCAAAAUCAGCAGAUGUUAUAAUGAGUGUUCUUGUUGGUUACUUCACAGUGAUGAAAGAUUUGCAAGACCUUGAUGAUGGAAUUUUUGGUCUCGAUUCAAUAGCAAAAAACAUUCUUUUUGACGAGGGGGAAACUUGGAAAUAUCAAAUGGGCAAGAAUGAUUUAGUUGAAAUUGUCAAAAAGAAACAAGAAUUUGUCUCCGAUGCUGACUCAAGGGAUAAUAAAAUAAACAAAUUUUUGAGCAAUUUAGACUCAAGUUGUGAAUAUUUCACGGAUUUGUUGAGCGAUAUGGAUGAUGAGUUAAUUCUGAAGUUAUUUAUAAAUAUUUUGAAAAGGUGGUUUAAAAUCAAUAGCCUGAGCUCAAUUUUAGAUAAUGAUUCCAGUGAAAAUCCUUUUUUUAUGCUUGUUGAUUUACGUUUGCUAGAAAGUAUUGGUAGCAAAUUCAAGGAAUCACUAGCAAAGACUCCAUUUGAAAUGCUUGAAAUUGUAAAAAAUAUUCUUAUACUCCAGGAAAAAGAAAAUCAAAACAAUGAUACAGCCGACAAAUUAGACUUGGUAGUAGAUACUACGGAUUCUGACGACGAAGACUCUGAUAACGAAGAAGAUUUUGACAACGAAUUAUUGCUGCAAUCAUUUCCUGUAGUCUUAGAGCUAUUAUCGGCCAUUUUAUCUGAAUCUUCUGCUACAGACUUGGAUGAAGCAUGUCAUAAAUUGCUUAAGGAAAUUGCUAAGUUAUUAGAAAAUGUGAACAGUAAUCCUUCUAAUUUAUCUGUGUCUGUAAUUAAUGGAUCCAAGUCAUUACAUGAUAGAAUUAAAUUGCUCUUAGAGGGGGAAAAACCACCAAUUUCAACAAAAGAUUUACAUUCAAAAACCCUUGCAAGAGCGAUAACGAGUUUGAACGACCCGCUAGUACCAAUAAGAGCACAUGGUCUAUUUUUAUUGAGACAGUUGGUGGAAUCAAGAAGUGAUGUAAUUUCGUUGGAUUUCGUAAUUAAUUUACAUUUAAUUCAGUUGAAAGAUCCAGAACCAUUUAUUUAUUUAAAUGUGAUCAAAGGUCUCCAAUGUUUGAUUGAGUGGGAUGAAACAGAAGUUAUAAGAAUAUUAACUAGCAUUUACGUCAAUGAGAAAAAUGAUACUGACAUAGAUGAAAGAUUAAAGAUUGGUGAAGUAUUGUUGCGGUAUAUUGAAAGCUCGAACGAACUAUUUUCAGGAGAAUCUGCUAGAAUUAUAGCUGAUUCGACGCUUCAUUUGAUUAGAAGGCCUUUUAGUGAUUCUGACAAGGAAGAUGAUAGAUUACGUAUGUCAGCUAUGUCUUUAUUAGGAACAUGUUGUAAAGUCAAUCCUAUUGGUAUAAUCGACUCUUUGGAGGAUGCGUUAAGUUGUGCUAUAGGUAUUUUGCAGUUAGAAACUAAUAAGGAUAGUGCAAUAAUGAGAAGGACUGCAGUUGUUUUAAUUCACGAUUUAAUUUUAGGCACUUCAAAUUCCGAACGAAUAGAAUUUCCUAAUGAAUACAGAGAGAAGGUUGUGAAUACAUUGAAAUAUGUUUUAGAGACAGAUAAUGAUUUACUUGUGAGAGAGCAAGCGCAGACAGUAUUAGAUACAAUCGAUGAACUAGUCCAACUAGCAAUGAGCUUAAUGUCCAACUAG